CGCUUGAACUUUCAAUCUCACAUCAUAAAUAAUCAUCCGACAAGUAAACUGAAAUGUGCAACACUAUAAUUAGUUACUGCAUAGUUUUCAUUUUGAUUCCUGAAAAUCUAAACUUACCCCUGGAUCCUGACAUGGCUCAAAAUCAGACUCAAUUUGUAAAGGAGGACUCCCUCAUUCCUCAAGAACCCGACCAGCCCUUAACCACCUCAAAUUUCACCAAAUACAUCCAGACACCUCCUCUCUCCAUAAUUUAUGUCGAAGUAAACCGCAACAAUUUUCAAAACGUGGCCUGCUACACACGCACCCACUCCACGAACAAUUCCCUCUUCCAUAUCGGAAUCAUCUUCGCCGCCAACAUUAACCUCUCCCCCACCAACAAAACCGCUGUCCUCCACAUGAACGAAAAUGUGGUCAAGGUCCUCUCCAACGUUGACCGGUAUGUCCGACCCCUGCAAAAAAGAGGGAUCAAGGUGCUCCUCUCCAUCCUAGGAAAUCAUCAAGGCGCCGGAUUCUGCAACUUCCCCGAUAUCCAAUCCGCCCGCGAUUUUGCGACCCAACUGUCCGAAACUGUUUCGCGCUAUGGCCUCGACGGGGUCGACUUGGACGACGAGUUUGUUCAAUAUGGGGAAAAUGAGACGGAUAAACCGAACGCUUUUUCGUUUGUCUAUUUCCUCCGAGAAUUGAGAGCCCUCAUGCCGAAGAAGAUCAUUUCGUUUUAUUUUAUCGGACCGGCCUCGACCCGGCUGACGUAUGGAGAUUUGAGCGCGGGGGAUUACCUGGAUUACAGCUGGAAUCCGUAUUAUGGGACUUACUCUGUUCCAAAAUUGCCUAAGUUGGGGAAAGCGAGAUUAUCCCCGGCGGCGGUAGAUGUCACAGGGACGAAUAUAAUUUCGGCGCAAAAUCUGGCAGAGAGGACGGUUAGGGAUGGGUAUGGGGCUUUUAUGAUGUAUGAUUUGCCGAACACGGAUAUUUCCCGGUAUCUGGGAAGAAUUUCGGAAAAAUUUUACGGUUCGGGGAGCACGGUGGAGAAGGGGUGCCUGCAGGGAUGGGAGGUUAAGAAGAAUGAGACAGGGGUAAAUUUAAGAGGGGCUGAGGGAGAUAAGAGUCUGGGGGUGCGGUAGAUUAAUUGAUAGGUGUAUGAGAGAAAU